AUGCCAGAAACACGAGUACAAUUGUACUUUCUAUAUAUUUAUUUGAUAGGUACAAUGCUGGGAAACGGUCACUCAGCCAAACGAGCGCCAAGGACCCUCAAAAGGCAAGUAAUGGGGCCAUCGAAGCUACGGAUAGUUCAGCGUCAGCUGUUCCGGGCACUAGCAACCUCGGUAAAGCCCAAGAAAACAGAUGUUCUGAUUGUCGGAGGAGGGCCAGCUGGGUUAACUCUAGCAGCAGCUAUAAAGACGUCACCAUAUCUAUCAGGCUUGUCAACUACGCUAGUGGACGCAGGCGAUCUAAAAACCAAAGUUGCGGGCUUCUACGAUGCACCUCCCGAAAAAUACACGAACAGAAUCAUUAGCUUGACCUCGCAAUCAAAACAGUUCCUCGAGCAGAGGGUUGGUGUCCAACUGAUGGAGGAAAGACUGCAGGCUUUUGACGGCCUUUUUGUCUCUGAUGGCUGUUCAGAUGCUCACCUAGAAAUGGAGCGAGGCUCUAUGGGAUACAUGGUGGAGAUUCUGAACAUUCAAAGUUCUGUCUUGCGUCGGCUUUCAGAGUUGAACGCGUCUGGUCUCCAGCUCAUCGAUCAGACAAAAGUGGAGGAUAUUCGCUACGAAGACCCAGAAGACCACCAGUCAUGGCCUGUUGUCUCGCUAAGCAAUGGAGAAGUCUACAAGACGCGUUUGUUGGUUGGUUGCGAUGGCUUCAAUUCUCCAGUACGGAAGUUCUCUAAAAUUGAGUCUAGGGGCUGGUUCUAUAACAGGUUCGGUGUCGUAGCUACUAUGAAACUUGACUAUCCACCUUUCAAAGUGAGAGGCUGGCAAAGGUUUCUUCCCACAGGUCCUAUUGCCCACUUGCCGCUCCCAGGCGAUGAUGCCACAUUGGUGUGGAGCACUACAGAGCCAUUGUCUCGUUUACUGCUAUCCAUUGACCCCGAGCAAUUCGUACUACUUGUGAACGCUGCGUUCGUACUCGAAGAUGCUGACAUGCAGUAUUACUACAAACAGCUAGAACAAGGUUCUAUCACCACCCAGGAGCUUAAGAGCGACAUUGCUUACCGUACGGAAUUGGUUUACAGCAAGCUUGACAAUGACGCUUUUAUUGAUGAAAUAUAUCCUCCCGCGGUUAGCAGUAUCGACAGUACAUCAAGGGCAAGGUUCCCAUUGAAGCUUUCGCAUGCAGAUUCAUAUGUGGCCGAUAGAAUCGCCUUAGUCGGCGACGCUGCUCACACAACACAUCCGUUAGCUGGCCAAGGCCUGAACAUGGGCCAAGGAGAUGUGGAGUCUUUGGUGAAAGCACUCGAAAAAGCCUAUCAAAGAGGCCUAGACCUCGGGUCUCUUUUGGCCUUAGAGCCUUACUGGGCUGAUCGCUAUCCCACCAAUAAUAUGUUGCUUGGCGUUGUAGACAAGUUACACAAACUCUAUUCAACUGACUUUGGUCCUAUCGUGGCUGCAAGAAGCUUUGGCCUCAAAGCGAUCCAAAGUCUGGGCCCUAUCAAGGAUUUUAUGAUGGCCAAGGUGAGCGGCCCCUCUCAGUGA